UCAGUAGAUGCUAUUACAGAGAACUUGACAUGUUACAGAACAUUAGCACUCGUUAAACUUUCUUGAUUUUCUGUUAUACAGUCAUACCUCGAUAUAAGGCAACUUUAUUUUUAUUUUCGUUACAUUAUAUCGAGUUACGUUGUAUCGAAGCACGAAAAAAAUUAGUUUUUUGCUGAUGCAAAAUUCUUGAUGGUUUCUCAAAAGUGCGCAAAAACUUAUAUUCCUUCGCCUAAAAGUAAAUAUUAACCUGUCUUAUGUUAAGACAUAGAUUUUCGUAGACAAACAUAACCAGUCACAAAACAUUGAAAAAUUUAAUGUCAAUUUUACCCCAUUAUACGGUACUUAUUGGUUUCAAAACUUACUUAAAACAUUUAUUCGGAACAUUAUACACUCCAAAAAUAAUUGUUGUACUUUAAUUUUGGGAAAAUAAAAAAAGUUACGUUAUAUCGAGGUAAAAGUUACGUUAUGUCGAGUUACGUUAUAUCGAGGUUGCCUUAAAUCGAGGUUGCCUUAAAUCGAGGUUGCCUUAUAUCGAGGUAUGACUGUAUAUCAUAAUACUAAUAAGACGAUAUAGCAACAAUAUAUUCUGUGUCAUUUUUGAAACACAAAUUGUAAUUUCGGAAAUGAAUUCCAAUUACGAUCAUUCCUGUAAUUAUUUCAGCCUUACAGAUCAAAUUGAUCAACUCCGUUUCGCAGUUCUGCUUAGCAAUAAUUAGCGAUUCGUCAAGUGCUUUGUUUAUAUGAUGACACGUAUGUCAUACGUCACAUCUGAUACGUCAUAUGAUAAUUACAAAACUAAUAAAGGUGCUAAAACACGGCAAACGACCACGAAUGCGAGUGAAAUUGUAUGUUUUAUUUCUUCUUGUGAUUUAUAUUGCGAAUUGGGUAGAGGAUAUGAUAUUUUAUAUGCUAAAAGCUUACAGCCAGUGUUGAGUUAUACCGUUAGGAUUUGUAUAUUGAGUUCCCUUUUCUCUAUUUGUAUUGAACACAUGUGAAUUAAACCUUGGUUUAGGAACAAGUAGAUGUGUCGUAUCUAAUUUUAUGUCUUUUGUGAUUCAAAAGACGAACAUCAUGUUAACUCUGGGGCUGUCAGUAUAUUUUCACAUUCCUAUCCUAUCAAAAACCGUGGGAUGAUAUACUUUUCUAAGUAAUUCUGCAUACUUGAUAUUAAAAAAAGAGAUUAUAUUUAGAGAGGGCUUCGAUAUCGAGCAACGUAAUAAGGUGGAAAAGCUGCAGCGGUCAAAUUGUAAGUUGUGAUGUAUAAAACGUGAAAUUUGUUGUCAAAGUUUUAUUUUGGAUGUAAAAGCACAUGUAUUUUUGUAUUGUCAGUAGAUGGCCUCGCCAUGCAAAGUUGCAUUACGUGACGGUGGGGGGAUAUUGUACAUUGCCCUUAUGCAAAAACCUGCCGAAGAACAGCACUGCCAAAGACGUUCGAUACCCUAUCAAAAUGAAACAUUUUAGUUUUAAAAAUAAAUUUUAUUCUUUUUAAAAACAAUUUUUUUAAAGUCAUCUAUAUCGCCGAAUAGCCACUUUUAUAGUACACUAGUUAUUUCAAUUUUUGGUUUCUUAGCUAACAUACACGACUAUGUUCCUGAUUUUUAUCCAGGCAGUAUUUAUUAAAACUCGACUGUGCAAGUAUUUAGCAGUAUUAGUAUUAAGCAUGUAACGGAAAUUCAGUUGAGUAUUUUUUCGUGUGGACCACACUGGAACCUUUACUUUUUAGAACUUUCGUGGCAUUGUCCCAGUUAUAUAAUUGUUUAGUGUGUUUGUGAAGCUGUUAUGGAGUUUUAAUUGUAUUUCCAUAUUCAUGAGGAAGAUUUACUCUCUUUUCCAUUCAUUUAAGAGUUCCAUCAAUAGCAUACAGAUCUUGAGCAAUUGCAUGCAACAUAGGACAUAGAGGUAUAUUUCAAAAAUAACGUUAGUUCUUCUCUGCAGUCUGCACUACAGGUAGGUAUUUUAAAUAAAGUGUUGAUCGAAUACCAGUUGGUUAGCCUUACUAGCCAUGAGCAUUUGAUUGGAAUUGUUUCGUCUAGCUUUUUGUAUCCGUACUAGGAAAAUGUAACAUUCGUAUGGAAAGUGCAUAAGGAUUGACCUUGAAACCUGUUAUUAGUUUUUACUACUCAGUAAGAAAAUGGUGGUAAUAAUUAUCAUAUCAUAUAAAUUUCGUACGUUUUAACUAUCCAUCGCACAUUGAUUCUAAAAUAUUUUCGACAAAGCAAUUGUAAUCAUUCGUAUAUAUUCUCAUCAGACAUACAAUAAAUUGCAGAGAAUCAUUUUUGUUGUCAUAAUUGUCUUUAAUGCAACCAUUGUUUGGUUGAAAAAGACACUCUUUAACUGAACUUUAUAUAGUCAAACACUAUAACGUAGAAUUAGGAAUUCAACAUUUUUAAGUAGUUUUUUUCAGAUGGAAAACUCUGCGCUGGAGUUCCACUUAUUAUUUUCGCUAGCCCUGUAUAUAAAAAUCAGGGUUGAAAAUGUGCAAUGUAUGCUAGGCUAGCAAGGUUUCGAGAGAAUAUUUAUUCUCCUAUAUACAAACAUUUCUCAUACAUUUGUUUUGAUUUUUUUACUUUCAAAAACUAUAAAAUAAGUUUUCGGGUAUUAUCUAGAAAUAUAAAAAAACGAUCGGUUUUCAGUAGUAUUUUUUUGUAUGUAAUGAGAUUAAUUUAUGAAAAUUCUCUUUCAGGUUAUAUUUUCGAAGAAAUGCCAAUAAAAUUGACCAGUAUGAAAGCUAUCACAAGAACAAGAUCUUUUGACCAGAGGUCUUUCACUUAGUACCACAACAAAUUAAAAUUCAUACGAUGUUAAUUUCAAAUCUUCACCGCUUAAUUUUGCGUUCUUUUUUUAGUACUUACGUACUGUUCCCAUAUGAACGAUAGUUUCUUUCGAGGAUGAACGUGACAGCAGCGCACGACGGCAGCGAAGUUUUGACAACAGGGCGUUUCCAGCUAGAAUGAUCUGAAAAUACGCAAAAAUUGAAUCGAUUAUUUUUAAUUAGAAUGGAAUUGAAUUAUCACAGAAGAAGAGUUUUUAGGCUCGAAAAUAAUUUAAUGAAAAAAUGUAAAAAAAGUGCUAUGAAUAUAGUAUGAGAGAAAGAUAUAUAUUUUUUUGGACAAAAAAAUUAAUACGAACACUGAGUCUUGAAUUAAGAAUAGAUUUGAGUGUGUUUGAUUUCAUCUCUGCGAAAGAAAGGCAGCAUACGCAGCGCGUAAAAAACAAAAAACUCCAAAAUUCUUAAAACCGUGUAAAUUUAGAAAUCUGCGUAAAAAUGACUUAUAAAAACCGCCUAAAAACGACUUAGUAUACUGUAGAUCAAAUCACUCUCUGUGUGCUACAAAUUUGAAUGUAUUAGCGUUAGUGUUUGAAAAAGUCACAGUAUAAUAAAUGACACGACGAGUUAGCUGAUGUUGUAGAUCAGAUUAAGUUUGAGUAAAUUAGUGAGAAUUAGACCUACAUUGAUGCAAACUGCUGCGUAGGCGUUCUGUUAAUCAAUUCGAAGAUUGUUUGAAGUUUUUAUUAUUGGUCAUCAACAUUAAUACAUACAGGUCUGGUGUUCGUAUGAUAUAAGGGUAUCUCAAUUAUUUUGAAAAAUUAGCACCUCUCUCAAAAUCAAGGGAUCAUGUGUUGCGAAUUUAAGUUCGAGAUAUUUAAGCCGCCUAGUCAGAGGCAGUUUCGAUUUUGGCCUUAGAAGCGGCGCUGAAUCCAGGUCGGUUCGUACAGUAUUAGUGCAAAGGCUACCGUGCAAGUUCAAAAAUGGCGAACUCCACGCCGGUGAUAUCAAUUGACUACAUGUCAAUAAAUUCAUCGAUUCACAUUCCGUCACAAUUUGAUGUGACAAUUGCGGAUGCAGGAUAUAUCGUGAUAAAUUCGUUGAUCCUGAUCACAAUGCAAACUGGAUUUGCAUUGGUGAAUGCAGGAAGUGUCAGCGUGAGAAACAGUGUUAAUUUCAUGAUGAAGAAUACGGUGGAUACCGCCAUUGGUGGAUUUGCGUUCUGGUUGUUUGGAUUUGGGCUGGCCUAUGGUCGCAGCAAAUAUACUAAUAUGUUCGUUGGUUUGGGUGACUUCUUCUUGGAUGCCGCGACUACAGAUCCUCUCAUGGGUGGAGUGAUGACCGCAUUCAUGUAUGAGAUAUCGUUUUCAUCAUCAUCAACUACGAUUGCCAGCGGUGGUAUGGGUGAACGUUUCAAUUUUCAGGCCUAUUGCUUCUUCGCUUUCUUCAAUUCAUUGAUAUAUGCUAUCGCUGCUGGAUGGGUAUGGCGCGAGACAGGAUUCCUCGCACUCUUAGGUGCUACUGACAUUGCAGGAUCAGGACCGGUGCACAUGCUGGGAGGUGUCAGUUCAUUUGCUGCGGCAGUGUUCCUUGGACCUCGAAUUGGCCGAUUUGAUCGUAGUCAUGACCACCCUCCUAUGAAUGAUGCAACUAUUGCCUUCCUUGGUUUGUUCAUUCUAUGGUGGGCAUGGUUGGCGUUCAAUACAGCCAGCAGUUAUGGCCUUAGUCGUGGUCGUUGGGUUUACACAAUAAGAGCUGCGGUCAUGACAUUGCUUGGUUCAAUGGGUGGCGGAGUAACCGCUUGCGCAUUUUCGAUAUUCGACAAUAAGGGCAAGGCAAUACCUUUCCAGAUUAUGAAUGGAGUGUUAGCAUCGUUGGUGUCUGUUACUGGAGGUUGCUAUCUUUACCAGUCUUGGUCGGCUGUACUCACGGGAUCCAUCGCUGCAAUACUUUGCUUAUUGAGCAUGAAGUUGAUGAAUCGUCUUGAAAUCGAUGAUCCGCUUUAUGCGUGCACUGUUCACGGCCUCGGAGGUGCAUGGGGUCUAAUAUCAAUUGGAUUAUUUGCUGUUGACCCGGUUCCACAGAGCACGACUGGCGGUAGAUCAGGAUUGAUAAUGGGAGGUGGAUUUAGCUUACUGCAAAGCCAAGUAUAUGAAGUGCUUACUUUGCUGGUUUGGGGAUUGUUUGCCACGUGGGCUUUACUCUGGAUUAUCAACCUAUUUAUACGCGUUAGGGUCACACCAGAGGAAGAACUGCAAGGGGCAGAUUUAGCAGAACAUGAUGUCGAUCAUGCGAAAAAUGCCCUUGAACAAUUGAAACCUUUGUGGAAUAGAGAAGUUGAGCUAAGCGAUGGUCUCACCUACCGGCUUUCGAAAGGAAUUGUUCAUAUCAGGGAUACUACCUCUGAGUUGUACAAAGGUAACAUCAAUGCUGUUUUUAGCGAUGGAAACAUAAUGCCAUUAGAAGAAUUGCGGAAAAACGAUCCAGUUAAUAUGAACUAUAGCGUCAAUUGACGAAUAGCUACAGAAUCAAACCAUCACUGUGAUAUCAAAUUUCCAGGCAAAUUUAGCAAUGAAAUAAAAUUAAAAUAAUAUUUGU